CAUUUCGAGUGAAACGUUGUCUUGUUUACUAGCUACUUAUUACUACGGCAUAAUUGCAAAAUAUAAUUUUAAAUAAACAUGGGAAAACAGAAUAAUUAUGGCCAGGGUGGUGAUGGUGGUAGAUAUAGACGGUUUGGUGGUACUGGCUCCUUAGGUAAUUACGAUAGAGGCUCUGGGCAUCGUAAUUUACCCAACGAUAAUCGUCGUUCUGGUAACUGGGGCGGUGGGGAUUUCCGUCGAUCAUUUGAUAACAGCGGGAACAGCGGCAACAAUAACAACUAUGGCGACAGCAACAUACCUCCUCUUAUUAAUGAGGAUGAUAAUCGGUUUCAGAAAUUCCGGGAUCAAUCUGCCCAAGAUAAAUAUAGGGGUAGACAAGGUCGUAAUCGUAAUCGUAAUCAGCGUAGCGGAAAGCAAAAUUACGGAAAGAACGCAAGAAAAGACAGUGCAAAUUGGCAUGGGGAUCGCAAUGGUACUGCAGCUUUGCAAAAUGAACCACAACAAGAUUACUCACAAGCAUUGCCGGCAUCAGCACCGGCACCGGUACCAGUUGCUCACUUAUCACAGCAAGUGCCACCAGUGCCGGAGCAUGGCACAAGUUCACCCGCUGUGCCGCCGCCAAUUCAAAAUGAUUUACCACAAAAAACUGAGUUAAACGAAAAUAGUCCUAUAAUAAAGAAUAUAAAGCAGGAAAGAAUCGAGGCAAAGGAUAUUAAACAAGUUGCUAAACCACCAGCGUCUUCAUCAAGUUCUUCCGAAUCAAGCGAAAGUGAGAGUGAGAAUGAACCACCAACCAAAACUGUUCAAGAAGUAGUUAAAUCAAAUUUAGUGAAGGUGAAACAAGAAACCACUGGGAAGCCAACCCAGAGUAGUGUCAAAAACCCACCGACUUCUUCAAGCUCUUCAUCUUCGUCGGAGGAAGGCGAUAGUAGCGAUGAAAGUACGGAAAAAAGUAAAGUCUCAAGUAAGCAAAUUAAUAAAAUAAUUAAAAAGGAUGGAAAGAAGCCGGAGAAGAAAAAACAAUUGUCGGAAGAGGACUUGAUUUGUCUCGGCAAAUUAGAGAGAAAGUUUGUUAUCGAAGAUGACGCUUCCGAAGAUGCCUAUGUAUCAAUGGAAAAUCAGGGCGCUACCUCAAAAAGUCAAUGUUUGAUAUGUGACAAGCAGGGACAUACCGCCUUCGAAUGUCAGAUGAUUUGCAAAAAUUGUUCAGCACCCUAUCACAAUAUGAAGAGUUGUCCCAAGCCCGUAAACUUAUCAACAAUGAUGCAGUCCUUUAUGGAGUUCUGUAUGGGGCAAAUGAGUCAAUUCAAUCCUGAAAAAAAGUUCACAUUACCAUUAAAUAAAAGUAAUAUUCCAAAUGAGAACAUUUUGCCAACAGAAAAUUUGCAGAUUGGUAGUGCAGUGCAAAGCAAAAAAAGCAAAAAAAAUGCAAAAUCAAAAGAGCCACCAAAAAAGGUAGCAAAAAGAAAGCGCAGGUACACUUCUAAAUCCAGUGACGAGGAGGAAGAAGAAGAUGAUGAUGAAACAGAAGAAGAGGAAAGUGACUCAAGUGAAGAAGUAGUCAAACAAAAAAUAAAAAAGAGACGCACAAAAACACCUGCUGUGGUAGACACGCCCGACUAUGGAAUUCCGUUUGUACCUCCGUUUUCAUCUUUUCCUGGUUUCGGUGCUACAGCAGCUACCUAUAACCCAUUAUUGCUAGGUCAGCUCAUGCAAAGUGGAGUCUUUGGAACACCGAAAAAACUUCAAUAAGAUAUAUCGAUUAAUAGGAACGUACAUGUAAACAAUUUACAAAUGUUGUUCCUCGACAUUCUUAAACAGAGGAACAAAGGAUCCGUGGACUUAUAGCCUCGGCAAAUAUUUCGGGAAAAAGUAUUUUUCUAGGGAAUGUUUAUGCUGUAUAUAUCAGGCAAUUCUGCUUCACUAUUGAAGUAAAAAGUUCUGAUAAUUCUUCGCGUUAUCUUGAUGAUGAAAUUAAACUCUAUUUAGAUUAAACAUUCGCCACUUUUAAGAAAAUGCUCGAUAGUCCCAAUGGUCAGAACUUUUUACUUCACCCAACAUUAAAUAAUGAAGUUUAGACUUUAAGAAGUGUAGCUUUUGAAUUACUGAUUUUAAGUUGUAGAAACAUUUUUAAAACAUUAUACUUUAAAAAAAACAAAAAAAAAGGUUAUAAAGCAACCACACAAGAAAACCUUUAGCUCGUAAGAAACGCAAUGCACGCA